AUGUAUGAGACAGGUGACCAGUUCCCCGCCAUACCUUCAUUUCUUUCUUGUUAUUCCUUCCAUUUUAGUGGACUGACAUCCGAACAGUUCAUGAAAAAUGUGACAAACGAGCCAGCACUGGAGUAUAAAAAAGGGAGCGCCGAGAGGCAGGCGUUGGAGAAGGAACUGGAGACAAUGAGCAAAAGUCCGACGGACGUUCCGAUUAGGAUUGGCAGCAAAAAAAUCUUCAAUGAGAAUAUUUAUUAUCAAGUAAUGCCAUCCGACCAUCGUACUUCUCUUGCAAAGUAUUCAUACGCUACCGCCGGUCAGAUUCAUGAAGCCAUCGAAGUUGCCAUAGAAGCACGUGUAAAAUGGGAGAGAAAACCUAUGAAAGAGAGAGCCGACAUACUUCUCCAUGCUGCUGAUCUGGCUGGUGGUAAAUAUCGGAUGAAAUUAAAUGCAGCCACCAUGCUCGGACAAGGAAAGAAUAUCGUGCAGGCCGAAAUUGAUUCUGCCUGCGAACUGAUAGACUUCUUCCGUUUCAACUCGAAAUUCGCAUUAGAUAUGGAGAAGUAUGACCCGAUUAGCACAAAAAUCAGCACCAACAAAUUAGUUUACCGUGGUCUGGAGGGUUUCGUCUUGGCCGUUGCUCCAUUUAACUUCACAGCGAUUGGUGGUAAUCUGGCGUCAUCACCGGCCUUGAUGGGAAAUGUUGUUUUAUGGAAACCUGCCCGUACAGCGGUGCUGAGCAAUUAUGUAGUGUAUGAGGUGUUAGAAGAAGCUGGUGUUCCACCAGGUGUGAUCUCAUAUCUUCCAUCUCGGGGAGCCGACUUCGGUCCGGUUAUUCUUGCCAGCGAACAUUUGAGUGCCGUUAACUUCACUGGUUCCGUUCCCACAUUCAAAGAUAUUUGGCAAACAGUUGCUAAGAAUCUCGACAAAUAUGUGACGUUCCCAAGGCUGGUUGGAGAAUGUGGCGGAAAGAACUUCCAUUUCGUGCAUCCGUCGGCCAACGCAGAUGUCGUGGCUGCUUGUACUGCUCGUUCCGCGUGGGAAUACGGUGGUCAAAAAUGCUCUGCAUGUUCACGGCUAUAUGUUCCGAAAAGCCGAUGGCCAGAAAUCCUCAAGAAAAUUACAGAAAUUCAUAAACAAAUCAAGAUCGGUGAUGUGCGAGACGGCUCAAUUUUCUUCUCUGCUGUGAUUGAUAAGGCUUCCUUCGAUAACAUUAAAAGUUAUAUAGACUAUGCGAAAACUGGCGCUGACGGUUGCGAAAUUCUACUCGGAGGAAAGUGUGAUGAUAGCAAAGGAUAUUUCAUUGAUGCCACCCUUGUGAAAACAACCAAUUUGAAGGGCAAACUCAUACACGAAGAAAUAUUUGGUCCUGUUCUCACCGUAUACGUAUAUGAAGACAACGAACUUGAAACACUUCUUAGCUCCAUAAAGGAUCAUACUCCUUUCGGACUUACGGGUGCCGUGUUCGCCGAAGACAAGAAUUUCUUGAAUCAUGCUCGUACUGUCCUGCGCGAUGCUGUUGGAAACAUGUACUUCAACGACAAGUCCACUGGAGCUGUUGUAGGACAGCAGCCCUUCGGAGGAGCCCGCAUGUCUGGAACAAACGACAAAGCAGGAGGUCCUCAUUAUGGACUCCGAUGGACGUCCCCACUUACUAUUAAGGAGACCAAUGUGCCCCUCACUGAAUGGCGUUAUCCAUCAAUGGAAUGA